AUGGCCGAGGCCGCCUCGCUGCUGCCGCCGGAGGCCGCGGCGGAGCGCGACGCGCGGGAGAAGCUGUCCCUGUGGGAUCGGAGGGCCGACUCGCUGGCGCCGCUGACAGACAGGCAGACGGACUCGGUGCUGGAGCUGAAGGCGGCCGUGGAGAACCUGCCGGUGCCCGCCGAGCUCCCAAUUGAAGACUUAUGCAGCUUAUCAUCCCAGUCACUGCCCAUUGAGCUGACUUCAGUAGUUCCUGAAUCUACAGAAGACAUUCUCUUGAAGGGCUUCUCUUCCUUAGGAAUGGAAGAAGAAAGAAUCGAGACUGCACAGCAGUUUUUCUCAUGGUUUGCAAAACUGCAGACUCAGAUGGAUCAGGAUGAAGGAACUAAAUAUAGACAGAUGAGGGGUUACUUGUCUGGGUUUCAGGAGCAGUGUGAUGCUAUAUUGAAUGAUGUCAACAACGCUCUUCAGCAUCUGGAAUCAUUGCAGAAACAAUAUCUUUUUGUGUCCAAUAAGACAGGCACUCUGCAUGAAGCCUGUGAACAGCUCCUAAAGGAACAGUCGGAACUUGUUGAUCUGGCUGAAAACAUUCAACAAAAACUUUCUUAUUUUAACGAAUUGGAAACUAUUAACACAAAACUGAAUUCACCUACAUUGUCUGUGAACAGUGAAGGAUUUAUACCUAUGCUGGCCAAGUUAGAUGAUUGUAUAACGUAUAUUUCAUCUCAUCCUAAUUUUAAAGAUUAUCCUGUAUACCUACUGAAGUUUAAACAGUGUCUUUCUAAAGCUUUGCACCUCAUGAAGACAUAUACUGUGAAUACACUACAAACCCUCACAAGUCAGUUACUAAAAAGGGACCCUUCAUCAAUACCAAGUGCAGACAAUGCCUUCACGCUAUUUUAUGUAAAAUUUCGAGCUGCUGCCCCUAAAGUCAGGACUCUUCUUGAGCAAAUAGAACAGCGAUCUGAAAAAAUACCCGAAUACCAGCAACUGCUAAGUGAUAUCCACCAGUGUUAUCUUGAUCAGCGGGAGCUCCUCUUGGGCCCCAGUAUUGCCUGUACUGUCACAGAGCUAACCAGCCAAAAUAACAGAGAUCAUUGUGCCUUGGUUCGCAGUGGCUGUGCCUUUAUGGUCCAUGUAUGCCAGGAUGAGCACCAACUUUACAAUGAAUUUUUCACAAAGCCAACACCAAAAUUAGAUGAGCUUUUGGAGAAGCUGUGUAUGUCACUGUAUGAUGUCUUCAGGCCACUGAUCAUUCAUGUCAUUCACUUAGAGACUCUAUCAGAACUCUGUGGAAUUCUUAAAAAUGAAGUGCUUGAAGAUCACGUACAGAACAAUGCUGAACAACUGGGGGCAUUUGCAGCAGGAGUAAAGCAGAUGCUAGAAGAUGUACAAGAAAGGCUGGUGUACCGAACCCAUAUCUACAUUCAGACAGACAUCACAGGCUACAAACCAGCUCCUGGAGACCUGGCAUACCCUGAUAAGCUAGUCAUGAUGGAGCAAAUUGCACAGAGUUUAAAGGAUGAACAAAAGAAGGUACCCUCAGAAUCUUCAUUUUCCGAAGUUCGAUUAGAAGAAGCAGAGUCUAACAGUCUGACAAAAUCUGGUUCUACAGAAUCUCUCAAUCUUAGACCACAGAACACAAUUUCUCCAGCAGAUCUUCAUGGGAUGUGGUAUCCGACAGUUCGAAGAACUCUUGUCUGUCUCUCCAAGUUAUAUAGAUGUAUAGAUAGGGCGGUGUUCCAAGGAUUAUCACAGGAAGCAUUGUCUGCCUGCAUUCAGUCCUUAUUAGGAGCAUCAGAGUCUAUCAGCAAAAACAAGACUCAGAUUGAUGGACAACUUUUCUUAAUUAAGCACCUUUUGAUUCUUCGUGAACAAAUUGCUCCAUUUCAUACUGAAUUCACCAUUAAGGAAAUUUCCCUGGACCUCAAGAAAACUAGAGAUGCAGCAUUUAAAAUCCUGAACCCUAUGACUGUUCCGAGAUUUUUUAGGCUGAAUAGCAACAAUGCCUUGAUAGAGUUCUUGUUGGAGGGUACUCCUGAGAUCAGAGAACAUUAUCUUGACUCCAAGAAAGAUGUAGACCGGCACCUGAAGUCAGCCUGUGAGCAGUUUAUUCAGCAGCAGACCAAGCAGUUUGUAGAGCAGCUGGAGGAGUUCAUGACAAAGGUCUCAGCACUAGAAACAAUGGCCAAUCAGGGAGGCCCCAAGUACACCCUCUCCCAGCAGCCUUGGGCACAACCAGCAAAAGUCAAUGACCUUGUGGCCACUGCCUAUAAGAUACUAAAAGCAAAGUUGCCGCUGACUCUGAGAAGCAUGUCACUGUACCUGUCCAACAAAGACACUGAGUUCAUCUUGUUCAAGCCUGUCAGGAAUAAUAUUCAGCAAGUCUUCCAGAAGUUCAGUGCUCUGUUAAAGGAAGAGUUCACUCCUGAAGACAUCCAGAUAAUUGCUUGUCCUUCCAUGGAACAGCUGAACCUCCUGCUGUCGGUUUCUAAGUAAGCAAGCUAGUUGUACUGUGCAUAUUGACCUGUCCUGUAGGAGCAGGACGCCAAGGAACUCUACGUGGACUAUUCCCAAGAACCACACAGGCCUGCUGCUCGGUGCUGCCCACAGAAGGAAACCUAAGCAAAGUGUGAAAAGAUCCAUGUUCCCUUUCAAAGCAUCAAAAUGCCAAAGAUUUAUUGAUAAGCAGGGAUAGCAGCCAUGAUGAAAUGGCUGUCAGAAGUGGAAAGUUAUAAGAGGUGGCUGUGGGGGCUCACAGUGAAAUGUUUCUUCACAAAAUUGUGCAAUAAAAAUUAGGUUACAAUAGGUAACUUUAUAAAGCACAGCUAACUGGAGAGCUGCUAAGGGUAAGGUUUGCUACUGCAUGAAACACUGCAGCACUUUACCACUGAGCAUUCCACAGUGACUGGUUUUGUACUUGGAGAAAUCGUAUUUCUGUAGUCUUAAGACAAGGUUUCUCCCUGACGUUGAGGUUGAGUUACAAGCAGAUUGGUUGUUUGUGAGGCAUCUUGCUCUCCUGGGAAUUCAGGUCGUCAUCUUUCUGUGAGUUAGAUGGGAAGUAGUUGAAGGCAGAGCCUCAUGUAUGGCCCUAGCAUGUGUCUUCCUUGAACUACUGAGGUGUAGAGAAACUAGUCUCCUCACCUGGAUAGGUAUGCUCUUGCUAAUACGGAUCGUCACGGUACGGCAGGGGGUGCAUGGGAGUGACUGACUGAAAUCUGGAACCUCAAGGGGAGAAGGAAGGCUGGUGAGUGUGGGUCCCAUGGAUGGAGGGUCACACCAGCUUCUGCGGCCUUUGGUUGCAGCCAUUCUCUGAAAAGUGAACAGUCUCCUGUGUGGCUCUUCAGCCGCCUGUGUUGCGCUAGGUGCCAGCCUUGGGGAUCUGCAGGGCUGCCACAGCUGCACACAUUGCACCCACAUAUCUAAGGACGACAGCUCACAAACACUGCCCAUACUUUAAAUAUGACACCAAUCAGGGGUCUUAGAUUGUGAACAUCUGUAAAUUUUCCUAUAAAGUCCUUUCUGAAUUUGGAAUUGGAUUGGUUUUACCUCUGAUGUUAUAGUAAAUGUAGCCUCCUCCUUGGUUCAAAAAGAAUUUUGGGUUAUUUGAACCUCAGUGUGGAGGUGGGCACUGCUGACGGUUCUGUCAUGGGGCAGGUGAACCUGAUGGUUCAGUCGGCAUGACUGCAGCAGCUCCUCCCGUGCUCCGUGCAGGUCUUUGCACAGUGUGCAUGUGGGUUACCCGUUCUGAUGGAACAGCUUCCUUGUUUUUCAGCCCAGUUUAAAUUGCUGGUGGAUGUUGCUUAAUAGGGCAUCUUGGUAAGUGGGUCCAUAUGUUUUUUCUUUGCAAUGAAAUGAACGAGUAAGAGAGAUUGUACUUCUUGUUUUAAAUACAGGUGUAAUAAACUGUAAUAUCUGGUAUGUGUAUCAUA